AUCGAAUCCGUCAACCAGCCCUUUGAUGUCAAUGCGUGGGCGCCAUGUCCUCCACAACGCCUCCAUUAAAUUGUCAACCAAGCCAUGGAAGUUAACCACCAAGCUUCGCGGUCGUCGCUGCCGUCAGAUCUUCUUCCCGAUCAAGCCGGCCGCAGCAUGAACGGCAAGCACGGAAAGACGGAAUCGGAAGCGACGGCGACCAUCUCGCUCUCCUCCCCGCGGAGGUCGCCGCCCCGGCAAGCUUACUUCGUCCAGAGCCCUACGGAAGCGGGCGACAGUAGGACGAUCCCGUCGUACCAUUCUUCGCCGGCGCGAUCCCCGCCGUUCUACCACGGGAGCGGUUCUUGGGGAUCCUCGACCGCCGAUAAGUUCGCUCGGCCUGCAGGCGGAGGCGGCGGCUCGAGGUCAAGGUACCCCGGCUACGACACGACGUGGCAAGACCUCGAGGAGAUCGAGGAGGAGAGGCUGAUCCACGGCGAGAGAGAGCAAGGAGAUGGGAUUCCGGCGAGGUUUUACGUCCUCGGGUUCGUCGGAGUCUUCCUCCUCCUCUUCUUCCUCUUCGCCCUCAUCCUCUGGGGCGCCAGCCAUGAUAAACAGCCCCUAGUUACUAUGAACAGCAUCACGAUCGGAGAAUUCAACGUCCAGGCCGGCACGGACUCCAGCCUAGUGCCGACUAAUCUGGUGACUCUGAACUCGACGGUGAAGCUAAGCUACCGCAACACCGGCGGCUUCUUCGGCUUCCAUGUCACCUCGACUCCGGUGCUCCUCAAUUACUACCAACUAACCAUCGCCAGCGGAAGCAUGGAGUACUUCUACCAGUCACGGAAGAGCCAGAGGGAGCUGGAGGUGGCGGUGGUGAGCACCGAGCUGCCGGUCUACGGCGGCGGAGCGGCGCUGAGCAGUCGGCCCGGUAGCCUGCCUGUGAACUUGACGAUCAACUUCACGGUGAGGUCCAGGGCCUUCGUCUUGGGCCGGCUCGUGCAACCCAAGUUCUACAACCGCGUGGAGUGUGCUUUGGUUCUGGACCAGACCAGGCUGGGGGCCCCCGUUUCCCUCAAGAACUCUUGCCAGCAUACCACCUGAGACUGACAGCCCUUGAAAGUCGUUAAAAAAAAAAGGAAUUAUCAUUUUUGAUAAUUCUUGAAAUAUUUUUUAUUAUACAUUUUGAUUUUAAUUUAUGUAAUUUAUUUCGUCUGGAUAUAUAUAUAUAUAUCAAAUAGAAAUAAAUUUUGUUUUUGUGUAA